CACUUGAAAUUUGACACAUGCGCGCUUGUUGCAAUGUCAAGUAACACAUGUUCCUACUGCAAAAAUCUUUUUACACUCGAAUUUAACGCUCUGAACAAAGAAAUCGUAACAAUCGUCUAAUCGUGCGAUCGACUGUCAUUUUCCUCGAGAGUGUAUAAUUCUCUAAUAGAAAUAAAAUACUAGACAAUCUAGAAUUUACUUAACCUAACAUUACGAUGGGUAUUUGCGCGUGAACCUCGUCGACAUUUUCAGUACGUAAAAUUUUCUUCAAGUAAAAAAGUUUUCUUGAAGCGAUGUGUCGAUGAAAGAGCAUUUGCAUUUUUGAAAUUAUGACGGCUACGUUUGUCAACGAGAAGAACUAGCUCUGAGAUAUUGUUAUUCAAGAUUCGAGGCAGUACAUCGUUCACGAUUCUAACCUGUGAGGUCAGGUAGAGUCGCUCUUCUUUCUAUAUACGUUUAGCGGGAUCAAAAGACGAAGGAACGACAGUGGUCGAUCUCUGACCAGAAACCGUGAUCAGUUCUUGGUGCUGACCAGACGAAAGAAGCGGGUGGCAUGCUGUGCAAGACGACGACGAUGUCAACAAAGAUACGAUAUAUCCUCGUGUUUGUCGAACGUUACGUACUUUGGAAACAGAACAGAGUGAAAUAGUGAUUGCUAUCAUUUUUACAAAUCAGUAGAUUCAUCCGUGUGCAUCGUUAUACGUUGGACCAGAGAGUUCCUCUCUGGUUGGACCUUGUUUCUCGACGCGUUCAUUGCGGCCCCAUUCCCUAGUUUUCGUUUUGUAAAUUCGACAUUGUCAUUCGUCCCACGUACGAUCCCUCCCGAUCUCCGUUCGAUAUCACAUUCCUAAUUUAAUGUGUUCAUCGAUGCAUAUAGGAAAUUCGUAUUGUACAGCGUUUAUAAAUCGGUCACAGUAUGCGUCUAAUCAGCUCGGAGAGAUUGAGUGAAGUUCAAAGGAAGGCGGCUAACAUUCGAAACAUUUGUAUAUUAGCCCACGUUGACCAUGGGAAGACCACACUGGCAGAUUCUUUGGUAGCUAGCAAUGGAAUCAUUUCGUACAAGCUCGCCGGUAAGCUGCGAUAUCUGGACAGCCGUCCAGACGAGCAGCUCCGAGGAAUCACUAUGAAGUCCAGCUCGAUCACCCUUUACCACCAACACGGCGAUCACGAAUUCGUCGUCAAUUUAAUCGAUUCCCCGGGACACGUGGACUUUGCCUCCGAAGUCUCCACCGCUGUCAGGCUUUGCGACGGUGCUAUCAUUGUAGUAGACGUGGUAGAGGGUGUAUGCCCGCAAACGCGUAGCGCUUUGUCGAUCUCGUACACGGAGGGUCUGAAGCCGAUUCUAGUACUGAACAAGAUGGACAGAUUGAUCACGGAAAUGAAGCUAACGCCGUUGGACGCCUAUGUACAUUUGACACAAGUCCUGGAGCAAGUCAACGCUGUGAUGGGCGAACUGUUUGCCAGCGAUGUGAUGCAGCGCGAAGAGAAGGAGGAAUUGAAACGGGAGAACGCUGAGAACGCUACUUCGGAAAGGGAUCUGGCGGACUGGCAAUCAGUGCUGGAAGAACUGGACGAUUCCAACUUGUACUUCUCUCCAGAACAAGGUAACGUGUUGUUCUCGAGCGCCACGGAUGGCUGGGGAUUCGGCGUCCAAACGUUCGCUCGGAUAUUCUCGAACAAGUUGGGUUUCAGCGAGAAGGUAUUGUCGAAAACGCUUUGGGGAGAUUAUUACGUGAACACCAAGACCAAAAGGAUAGUCAAAGGAGCUCAAGAGAAGGCGAAAAAACCUCUGUUCGUUCAACUGAUAUUGGACAACAUCUGGACUCUGUACGAUACGAUAACUGUUCGGAAGGACAACGAGAAGAUCGCCUCGAUGGCCGAGAAAUUGGACAUCAAACUGACGACCAGGGACUUGAGGCACACGGAUUGCAAGGUUAAACUGCAAGCAGUUUGCUCCCAGUGGCUACCUUUGGCUCGAAGCUGUCUGGAUGCUAUAUGCGACAAAGUUCCCGCCCCGCAUUGUUUAACCCCGGAAAAGGUGGAACGUUUACUCUCCGGCAAUUCUGAAUUCUGUACGUUACCGGAGGAGACGCAAAAGUUAAAGGACGUGUUUCUGUCUUGCGACCCUUCUCCUGAUCAGCCUGUCGUCGCGUUCAUUUCGAAAAUGUUCCCCGUAGAAAAGAAAAGCCUGCCGGAGAACAAACCGAAACCUUUGACGCCGGAAGAAUUGGCUGAACGACGAGAAAUAGCGCGACUAAAGCACGCGGAGAAGUUGACUAAGGAGCAAUGGUCGACGGAAACAAUCGAACAGAACGCGCACGGCGAGAAUCAAACAGCGGAGGAGGACACCGUUUCCAAAGGAGUGAACGACGAAGAGGAUCAAUCCGAGACCGCGUUAAUAGCGUUUGCUCGAAUCUAUUCGGGCACUAUGAGUAAAGGUAGCACGGUGUACGUUCUGGGACCGAAACACGAUCCUCGCGAGGUGUUAAAAAGGAUGGAAGCGGGCGAGCCGCCGGUAGACGAGGACGCUACGUUGAAGGAUUUGAAGCCGGGAAGACACGUUACCAAAGUUAGUAUACGAAAGCUUUACCUUUUGAUGGGAAGGGAGCUGGAGCCGACCGACAGUGUCACCGCUGGCAACGUGUUCGGAAUCGGGGAUUUGGAGGAACACGUAUUGAAGACUGCCACUCUCUCGUCCACCGUCGCUUGUCCGUCCUUCUCGGAGCUCACGUCGCCAUGCGUACCGAUCCUGCGAGUGGCACUCGAACCGAAACACCCGAACGAUUUGCAAUCAUUGAUCAACGGUUUGAAACUACUCAAUCAAGCGGACGCGUGUGCGGUCGUUCACAUUCAAGAGACUGGCGAAAUCGUCUUAAACACUGCCGGCGAGGUGCACUUGGAACGAUGCUUGGAAGAUUUGAAGUUACGGUACGCGAGAGUGGACAUAAACGUGUCGGAACCGAUCGUGCCGUUUCGAGAAACCGUUGUACCCCCUCCGAAAGUCGAUAUGGUCAACGAGGCGAUCGAGAAAAAGAUCGAUGAUGUCAACUUCGGCGCGUGGACCGCCAAUCGACAAUGCUACUUCGAGAUCGAUGCGAGACCUCUGCCGGAGGAGGUGACGAAGAUUUUGGAGGCAAACGGAGAUUUGAUAAAAGCGUUCUAUCAACAUUAUGGCAAAUCUGAGAAGGACGUGGACAACGCUGAUGAUGAAGAAUCGACGGGAUCGAUGUCCGAGAAGAAGGAGAAGGCGUUGGAAGUGUUUAAACGUGAAUUGUCGCACGCGUUUCGCGAAUCUGGCCAGGACGACGUGUUGGAUAAAAUUUGGUCGUUCGGCCCGCGAAACUGUGGCUCUAACGUUCUAUUGAACGAGACCGAUUUCAAACAAAGGAAAUUUUGGGAAGCUUACACAAAGUCCACGGAUCCGCGCACGCCGUACGAGAGUGCUAUGGUGAACGGUUUUCAAUUGGCGACGCUCGCCGGGCCUUUGUGCGAAGAACCGAUGACAGGUGUCUGUUUCGUCGUGAAGAAAUGGGAAAUUUAUCAGGAUGCUCAAAGUGAAAAUACCGGGCAGAGCCAGGGGUACGUGGGUGGUGGCCACUUGAUAACAGCCUGCAAAGAAGCAUGCCGGCGUGCAUUUAAUUCCAGACAUCCACGGCUGGUCACACCGAUGUACAGCUGCAGUGUCCUCGUUAAUUCCGACGUGUUAGGAAAAUUAUACGCGGUGUUUGGGAAGAGGCAAGGCCGGGUGAUCGCCGCGGAAAGCGCUCUCGGAUUCGGUGGACAGUUUCGCGUCCUCGCGACGUUACCUGUACCGGAGAGUUUUGAACUUGCCAGAGAACUGCGAACUGAGACGUCCGGGCUGGCGAGUCCUCAACUGGUUUUCAGUCAUUGGGAGGUGAUCAAGCAAGAUCCUUACUGGAUGCCUUCCACGGACGAAGAAUACCUUCACUUCGGUGACAAAGCGGACAGCGAGAACAGAGCCAAGAAAUAUAUAAAUGCAGUACGUCGACGCAAAGGUCUACCCGUGGAUUCCCAGCUCGUUACGCACGCGGAAAAACAACGCACUCUUUCCAAGAAUAAAUAAUCAAGGAUUGCUAAACGUGGCACGACAGCACAAUGUUCAUUACGAGUGUACGAGUCAUUCGAAGCCAUCGGAUACGAAACAAUUGAUAAGACUACCUGAUCGAUGCUGCACGUCGACCGUCGUAAAGAUCUCUUAAAACGAUUCAUUCUCAUCUUCUUCUCUCGUCGUCACUUUCCAUCGAUAUUCAAAAGACGACAGUUCAACGGUUUGACGACAAAUUGUACGAUUCUCUUCUGUUGACGAAGGUCUUCCAUCUAGCUCCGUUGUUAUUCAUCGUUUCUACGAAUUACGGUGAUACUAUCAUUUUACUGUAACUAACUGUCUUUGUACUUUAACUGGAACGCGAAAUAAGCGAAUCGACUUACGGCAAAGGCGAUGUCAGUCGCGAAGGAAGAACGAAAUCUUAACAAGCUUUUAUCAUGGUGCCGUACAAAUUGCGCUGGAUGCAGACAGACGUGAAAUCAAUUCUCCGUUUCGACGUGAUCAUCAUCGCGAAUCAUCUUAUCCAUUUCUUAUACUGGUUUCAGAUCGAGAUAUUUAAAUAAAGCAAAAGCGAUGCACAUCGCAUGUUUCCCCCAUUGAUCACCGUGUCAUUCUAAUUCUUAUUUCGUCGAUGUAUUACAAAACUUAUUUUCGUAGUCGCGUAAUUCGCUGAUUUUGUUACGACUGGAGGCAAGGUAUAUACACAAGAUUUCUUUGAUGA